UUCAGGCUAAAGAAUUUGCUGAAGGUCACAUAACCUGAGGCCAAGCUGCAUCUCGUGACGCCCAGUCUUGCGCUUUAAUCACAGACCGUUCCUGCUUCUCGUGCUGUCAGAUGAACUGGUUUUGAUGCAGCCAAAGGUCUCCCUUCUGGUGCAUGUGAACUGACUUUCAGUUGACCAGGAGCAGGGUCGCCUUUCCGUGCCGCUUGCACCCUCGCUGCAAAAAGAAGGAAAAGAGGAGUUGGGAACAGAGGAAUCGCCAGYCCCUGCAUCCGAACCGCGUAUCUCCAGCUGCCGUUUCCCGUCGGAGAGCUCCGAGACUGAACUGAAAAUGUCUGGCAAAACGACCAACACGACCAAUAACAUAGCGCAGGCCCGGCGGACUGUUCAGCAGCUGAGAAUAGAAGCUUCAAUAGAAAGAAUAAAGGUGUCCAAAGCCUCAGCAGACCUCAUGCUCUAUUGCGAAGAACACGCCAAGAAGGAUCCGUUGCUGAUGGGCAUUCCUGCCUCCGAGAACCCUUUCAAGGAUAAGAAAACCUGUAUUAUACUAUAGGAGAGCAGCAGCACCUCGACAGCUCUCCCGAGCAAAAUGCAGGCAGAUGUAUAGAAAAAUAAUCUGUAAGGUACCCGGUAUUAACUGUGUAAAACAGCUCUUCUUUUACCAUGUGUACAAAUGAUUUCUUAAGCUUUUUAAAGCAGUUCUUCUGUUCCGUAUCUUUACUAGGAAGCAAGGUUUCAAAUUGAAUUAACUUUUCUUGUUGAGUGGAAUGGGGUCUCUGGGACAGAGCCGGGCGUUCUGCUGCGCUGGCUCUCACGGGGUGAGGAGGAGCAUGGCGAGGUGGGCUCUGUGUUUCUACAAUAUGUUUAAGUUUUUGUGUUACACAAACAAGACCAAAGUUGCCUGAGCUUUGCUGACAGACCAGCCAGUUAGAAGUUUGGAAUCCUGAUUGRACGUCACUUAUUUCUUUUUUAAUUGCCCUCCUAUGCAGCGAUGAGAGUACGCACCCUUAUUGCUGGUAUCCUUGUGUGUAUUUAUGCACAUACACAGUUUGAGGUGAAUUAUCAAGCAAAAACUACCCUGAAAAUGAAAAUGGUUGUAGCAGCUGUUGGUAAACUGUAGAGAUUCAUGCAUCUAUCUUUGGUUAUGUUUGUUUGCCU